AUGUCAGACGUAGAAGGGCAAGACAAUGCGAAUACCCCUACAGAACAAAGGACUAACGGCGGAGGAGAUGAAGGCGAUGCCUGGGGGAGCCAUGAGCCAUCAUCGGCAAGACGAUACGCUAAGAUGCCAGUGGAUAGAAAUGCACCAUUCUACAAUAUGAACCACAAAAACCGUGGUAUGGCAAUUAUUUUUAACCACGAACAUUUCGACAUCCAUAGCUUGAAGUCCCGUACGGGAACAAAUGUCGAUAGUGAUAAUCUAUCCCGAGUCCUGAAAGGUUUAGGAUUCCGCGUCACCGUUUUGAAUAAUUUGAAAUCUGAAGACGUGAACAGAUAUCUACAACAGACAGCAGAAAUGGAUCAUUCUGAUAAUGAUUGUCUACUCAUUACGGUGCUGACUCACGGAGAAAUGGGUAUGUUGUAUGCCAAAGACACUCAUUACAAACCAGAUAAUCUGUGGUAUUACUUCACAGCAGAUAAAUGUCCCACAUUAGCGGGAAAGCCUAAAAUGUUCUUUAUACAAGCAUGUCAAGGGGAUAAGCUAGAUGGGGGUAUUACUCUAUCUAACAGAUCCGAAACUGAUGGGUCAUCAAGCGCAUCAUACAGGAUUCCCAUUCAUGCAGAUUUCUUGAUAGUCUUUUCAACUGUUCCCGGCUUUUAUUCUUGGAGAAAUACCACUCGCGGUUCUUGGUUCAUGCAAGCACUAUGUGAGGAGUUGCGUUAUUCAGGGACAGAAAGAGAUAUACUUACCCUUUUGACAUUUGUUAGUCAAAAAGUGGCUCUCGACUUUGAGUCUAACACACCUGAAAUAUUAACUAUGCACCAACAAAAGCAAGUUCCCUGCGUUACAAGUAUGCUCACCCGUUUACUUGUGUUUGGAAAGAAAUAA